GUAAUAGUACGCCCUCCCGGAAGUGGGCUCUAGAUCCGACGGUGAAAUUGGCAGCCGGUGGCCCCCGAGACCAGAUCUCGGGAGGUCGCCCCUGCACUAUUUCUCUACGCUUCCUCUGGAUCCCUCCUAAGUCUUCCAGAACUGUGUAGUGAGGAGACGUCUCCACCAUCAUGGGGGGCGGAGAUCUGAAUCUGAAGAAGAGCUGGCACCCGCAGACCCUCCGCAAUGUGGAGAAAGUGUGGAAGGCUGAGCAGAAGCAUGAGGCUGAGCGGAAGAAGAUUGAGGAGCUUCAGCGGGAGCUGCGGGAGGAGAGGGCCCGGGAAGAGAUGCAGCGCUAUGCAGAGGAUGUCGGGGCUGUCAAGAAAAAAGAAGAAAAAUUGGACUGGAUGUACCAGGGUCCUGGUGGGAUGGUAAACCGUGACGAGUAUUUGCUGGGACGCCCCAUUGACAAAUACGUUUUUGAGAAGAUGGAGGAGAAGGAGGCAGGCUGUUCUUCUGAGACAGGACUCCUCCCAGGCUCUAUCUUUGCCCCGUCGGGUGCUAAUUCUCUUCUUGACAUGGCCAGCAAAAUCCGGGAAGACCCACUCUUCAUCAUCAGGAAGAAGGAGGAGGAGAAAAAAAGAGAGGUAUUGAAUAAUCCUGUGAAAAUGAAGAAGAUCAAAGAAUUGUUACAAAUGAGUCUGGAAAAAAAGGAGAAGAAGAAAAAGAAGGAGAAGAAAAAGAAGCACAAGAAACAUAAGCACAGAAGCUCAAGUAGCGACCGUUGCAGCAGUGAGGAUGAGCGUAGCCGGGGAAGAUCUCAAAAGAAGAUAGUAAAUUCUUCCUCUGUUUUGCCCAAAGUCCCUGGAUAUGGCUUACAGAUCAGGAACUCUGACCAUGGCCAGGGACUACAGGGUCCUCUGAUGGCUGAGCAAAAGGGAGUCCACGGGUUGAAAAAUCAUUCCAGAUCCAGAAGCUCCUCCCACUCACCUCCCAGACAUGCCAGCAAGAAGAGCACCAGAGAAGCAGGGUCCCGGGACAGGCGGUCUCGCUCCCCUGGCAGAAGAUCACGGUCCCCAAGGCCAAGCAAACCGCACAAUUCUAAGGUAAACAGGAGAGAGAGAGGCCGGACUAAGAGCCCUUCACCUAAAAAGGAGGUCUACCAAAGGCGGCACGCUCCUGGAUACACCAGAAAGCUCUCAUCAGAGGAACUAGAGCGAAAACGGCAAGAGAUGAUGGAAAACGCCAAGUGGCGGGAGGAAGAGAGGCUGAACAUCCUCAAGAGGCAUGCUAAGGACGAUGAACGGGAGCAGAGGCUGGAGAAGCUGGACUCCCGGGACGGGAAGUUUAUCCACCGCAUGAAGCUAGAGAGCGCAUCGACCUCCUCCCUGGAGGAUCGGGUGAAGCGGAAUAUUUACUCUCUACAGAGAACGUCAGUAGCUCUGGAGAAGAACUUUAUGAAAAGAUGAAAGACCGUCCCCUCUCUUGCUGGCUUUCCUGAACUUUCCAGGGAGGCUGCUGACCCCUUAAAAAUUCUCUUUAUAAGAGUUCAAAAUGGCUUCUUCUACAGAUGUCAAACCACCACUGUUCAAAGUGACUCUCCUCCAUCGAUUCUGGAAACGGCUCCUUUGAGAACCAGUGUGACUUGCUCUGUGGGACUCUCAGUAACUGUUACUGGGUGCAGAGUGGGUUUUGACUGCGUUUUUAAUAGGUGGGCACUGGACCACUGGGUGUGAGCGCUCAUCCUGUUCUGGAAGGUUGCUUCCUGUGGUUGUAGUACUUACUCUGCCACUUCCCUCCCACCUGUGUGAACAGACCUGUUCUAUAGUCUCAGUGUAGUCUGGACAUUUCAGAAAUCUCUCUCUCCAGAGCCGCCCAGGUAGAUUGUGCUUACUGGGGUGAAUGAACAUUUACUUGAUUUAGUAGAUAAUGUGACAGAAUGAUGUCAGGUUAGGGCAGAGCCAAGGGAAUGACAGAGAAUCCAGAAGGAAAAACAAUACAAAAACGUCCCAAAUGAACUGUUGAACUAUUGGGACUAUCUUUUGAACUGUAAAAGUGUAGUGUGUAUAUGUACAAAUGUAUAAUUUUUACCUGCUUUUUAAAAAAAGUUUUGUGAGAAUAUCUUGUUUGGUAGGUACUAUGUAAUGGAACCACAUUGUAUCUUGUUCCCCGGUAACACAGUAGGGCAGGUCACCAUUUUUUUCUCCCUUUGCACAUCCAGCUAGUUUAGGAGAGACCUAGGUUUAUUGAUAGGGUCUAUGGUAUCGAUCCUUUUACGAUGCUUAGAGUCUUGGACUUGGACAGUGCAGUGGUGAAGUCAAAGGAUUUUAGGAGUCAGGACCAAAUUGCCAGUAUGCUCCCUGGCUCUUAAAAUAAAAUGGAAGCUGUUUAUUUCAUGGCUUCCUCUUUAUCAUGUAGUAAUCUUAUUACACGUCUAGAUUUUCAGGAGUCGUUUGCUACUAUUUUUUAGUCAGGUAAUAAAAAAAACCCAAAAACUCA